CGCGCCUCGAACGCCGACCGUCAUGACUUUCACUCCCGUGCGCAGGACAGAAACACCCGCCAUCAAGAAUGCCCCGCACGUCGGCCUUGCGGAGGGCAAUGGUUCCUUCAACAACCUCCACCUUGCCGCCCUCGUUCUCGGCGUACCAUGGGUGGUGAAGCGUUUUAUCCCCAUCGUCAACCGGGGAGGGCUCAAGACCUAUGUCUUCAUGGUUCUGCUCCUUGGUGUUCCCAUCACUGUUGGCUACUGGACUGUCAUGAGCAUGUACGGCCCUCGUAAAAACCAGAAGGUUUCCCUGCCUGGCAAGGAUAUCGAGGAGUACAUUACCAUCAAGGACCCCGAGCUCAAGGCCAAGUACCACGGCAAGGAGAAGAUCCCCAUGCAGGUCUUCCAUGACGCUUACUUCGAGGGCAAGAUUGACUUCAAAGACGAUGUCCUCGAAAUCAUGGAGCAGCGUCACGACUGGGCAAAGAUGGUCAUGACUCCCGAGCUCUUCAAAUACGUCUUCAUGAACCUCAUCCCCGAGGUCAUCGUUCACUCCCAGAGCCAGGACGAGGAGCAGGUCCGCGACCACUACGACCGAGGCGAUGACUUCUACUCGUGGUUCCUGGGUCCCCGUAUGAUCUACACUUCCGGCGUUGUUACGGACCUCACCCGCGAGGAGACCCUCGAGGAGCUCCAGGACAACAAGCUCAAGAUUGUCUGUGAGAAACUCGACCUCAAGCCCGAGGACCGUCUGCUCGAUGUUGGUUGCGGUUGGGGAACUCUCUCGGCAUACGCUCACAAGAACUACGGUUGCGACGUCACUGGCAUCACUUUGGGCAAGAACCAGACCAAGUUCGGUAACGACCGCAUUAAGAACAACGGUGGCACUCCCGACAAGGCUCGCAUCCUCUGUAUGGACUACCGUGAGAUCCCCGGCGGCACUGGCCACUACAGCAAGAUUGUGUCGCUCGAGAUGGCCGAGCAUGUCGGUAUUCGUCGUUACGGUGCAUUCAUGAGGCAAAUGUACGACCUUCUUGAGGACGACGGUGUCUUUGUCCUUCAGGUCGCCGGCAUCCGCCCCCAUUGGCAGUACGAGGAUCUUAUUUGGGGUCUGUUCAUGAACAAGUAUGUCUUCCCUGGUGCGGACGCCAGCUGUUCCCUCGGCUGGGUUGUCAACCAGGUUGAGGCUGCUGGCUUCGAGGUCAAGAACAUUGAUGUUCUCGGUGUCCACUACUCGGCUACCAUCUGGCGUUGGUACAAGAACUGGGUCUCAAACAAGGAACGCGUAGUUGAGAAGUACGGCGAGCGCUGGUACCGCAUCUGGGUGUUCUUCCUCGCUUACUCGACCAUCAUCUCUCGCCAAGGAAGCGCGUCUGUCUUCCAGCUCACCCUCCACAAGAACCUGAACGCCUAUCACCGUAUCAACGGCGUUCCGAACCAUGCUUCUAUUCACGUCACCUCCGAGAAGGAGCUCUCUUCCGUCGAGUAGAGGAUUAUAGAGUUUCACUGCUAGGCCACGUUAACGACACUUUUAAUCUUUGAUGACCAUAGAUUAUUACCAUCUUAUUCGGGAAUAUAUAUCACGGAUUC